AGGGCAUAUAAACGGUCAUCCUCUUUUUGUCUUGUGUUCAACUGAGUAACAACAGUGCUGCAGAACAUCUAAAGAAAUGCUGAAUUUAUUGGUUUUCGUGUGCCUUUUGUCGGUACUGAAUCUUGGAUCAUGCGAAGUAGUCAAAUUUACUGACUGCAGCGCGGGAAAAGGACAGGGGGAAUUGCAACAACUUGAGAUAACUCCUUGUCCAUCUCAACCUUGUGAAUUAAAGAAAGGAACUGAAGUCAGCGUUAAAGCAACCUUUAUUCCGCAUGAGAAUGUUACCGAUGCCGAGUCCUCUGUCCACGGGAAAGUGAUGGGAUUUUGGGUUCCCUUCCCUCUACCCAAUGCACAUGCUUGCAAAGACAGUGGAGUCAAAUGCCCCUUGGUAGCUGGAAGCAAAUAUGAAUACUCGAGYACUUUGGAUAUCAAAUCCGCUUACCCAGCGAUUUCAGUCGUUGUCAAGUGGCAACUGCAAGAUGGAAAAGGCCAAGAUCUUUACUGCUUUGAAGUUUCAGCGAAAAUUGUCUCUUAAAUUUUGAACAAAUGGAUUCUGAAUGGACUGUGUCAUAGUUUUAUUGUUUUUGUUUAUUGGAAGUGUCGUAUAAAUUAGCCUGUAUAGUUGAGGUUUAAAAUAAAAUAUCAUUUAAGCAGGAA